AGAUCGAGUGUUCCGCGGACCACAUAGCUCGGCCCAUCCUCAUCCUGAAGGAGACGAGGAGAUUACCGUGGGCCACCGGAUACGCCGAGUAAGUAACUGCCCUUAAAUCUGCUGAUGCCUUUAACGUGUCAUCAUCACAGUGGCAUUUGAUAUAAAGCAUAAUGUGCGUUAAGUCUUGUGGAGGCCUAAGUGCUUGCAGGUAUCCAUCACAACAGACCGGCACCUGUUGUGACCCACAUCCAUCCCCAGCAUCCCCCUUUGCUCUCCGACGUCAUGGAUAAACGGCAUUCAUCCACCCUGAGAGCCCAAGCUGGUGUUCACGUGCAAGAGGAUGAUGCAUCCACUUCUGCACCAGCAGCAUCUGGGUAUUAGUGUCUGCAUGCAGCUGCACUCUCGGUGUAGUAAACCAGUUCAAAAAGAUGCAGCCUCAUAUUCUGUCCAUGGCUUUCCUGCUCCAGACUGCUGACUAGUCUUAACGCACUUUGGUGAACAGGUUUUUUUUUUGUUUGCAUAGUAUGCUCGUCAUCGCUGCCCCGUCAGCACCCACACACUGUAGUAUAGCAGAGAACCACCAGUUUGUUAUUGGAACAAUGGCGCGUGACCGUUGUCACGUACAUUCAGGAAAGCGUUAUCAGUGUGAGGUUAGUUGACUAAUGACCAACUCCAGUACAUGGAUAUAUAUAUAUAUAUAUAUAUCCUUCUCUUUUCUCCCACGGGAUUACGUUAGAAUAAUACUGAAAGUGUUUGUUAAUCGGGUCUUUACUCACAUCUUCCUUUCUCUCUUUAACACACACUCACUGAUACUCAAGAGUGUCUCUUUGGGACCGGUGUCGUUAAUGAGUUCAUCUCGUACCGCCAUUCAUCUGUAAUUAAAGCCUUCUGUGUUGUCAUUACAGCAGCCAUUUUGGCUCGCGCCUCUCUUAACUCUCACACCUCACACACUCUCUUUUCUGCUCACAAUCCAAACAGCAGAACUCUGCUAAAUUUUCUUUUCUUUUUGGAAUGAAGCAAAAUCCAAGACAAUAUAAAGUGACGUAUUCAAUUUUUGUUGUUGAAGUGCUCAGAAUUGACUGUUUGCUAAACCACCCUUAGAACUGCGACUGUCCAAUACAUACACUGAGAAAUAAACACAUUUUUAGCGUACAUUUUUCAUCAUCACAACUUCCUAUUGAAGAAGAACCCAUCCAUUCUUCUUGCAUGCCAUUCAAACGCUCCCAUUUUGCCGUUGUGUUUUCUUAUCUCUGAUAUUCAGGUGGUGGUGCAAUCCUGACCAAAACCUUCAAGAAAAUGUACAAAAAUGUAGACUUUUUGAGAGACUGUUUCAUGCAUUGUACCCGUAGAUCUUUCGCUGUUUUUGUUCCUUUGACGUUCUGAGUUAAACGGAGGCAAAGCCAUAUGAACCACUGUGCUUCGCCAAAUAAUUAUCUCAUCCUUGGGGCCAUUGUCUGGCCCAGAAUCUCUUGCAGAGGAAACAAAGAGGGCAUUAGAUGUCUGACAAUGGCGGGGGAUUAGGCUUUGUUCCUAAUGGGAGGAAAGCUAAUUGUUCCGAAUGAACCGUGAUUGGCAGGGAACUGAAAGAAAACAAACUAUUAUUCUUCCUGCAAAUGCUGAAAUGAGGAUAAAUUAGAUGCAAGGGCACUUUCAAUCAUACACACACACACACACACAAUGGCAUCAGCUGCUCUUACCAUGAACUAGAGUAACACAGAACGACCCAUUAUUGAUUGGACCCAUUAAACACAUUGUAGUCCUGAAGGAUGAGGACUAUUUUGGAAAAAAAAGUUUCUAGGGUUCAAAAGUUCCUAUAAACAUGCUUUUUUUUCCAAGUAAAACCAGCAGGACAUGAUCUCACACACACACACACACAAAGUUCAUCACAUUACUGCGAUUGUUGACAGCUGAUUCGAUGAAGCAGACGAAGACUUCCCGGACUUGUCCAUCAUGAGCUCCAAAGUGGUCGAUGCGUCAGAGGGCAUCUUCGAGGGUGCAGCAGAAAUAUAUUAGGUUUGAAAGCAGAGCUGCGUAAUCACAGCGAAGACCAGCUCUCUGGACAAUGAUGGCUUUUGUGCAUGCAUGGUGACUGACACUUUAGAACCAAAGCAGUGCCAGUUUUAUCCAACAAAAUAAGCUGUUUGAUACACUGAUCACACCAUAUUGCUGUACACAUUUUAAAAAGGGCUCCCUGGUUAUUGGAUUUCCUCUGCACUCCACUAAAGCAAAAUGGCUUCACUUGAACCAGAUUGAAAAUACAAAAGCCUUUAUUGAUUUGGUGUCCUCCCCAUUUAACUGCUGCAUGAUCUGCAGCGGUUAAAUGGACAGCAAAACAGGCACGUAGAGCAACAUUAAAUAAUGUGGCGAUGAAAAAUGGGAACAGCAAAAGCCAAAUCUAAAAUACAUACUCGCUUUUGCAAAAAUAUCUCUGUGCUUGUUUUCGCUGCUUCUCCUGUCACUAUCUUUCUAUUUCUAUCGGAGGUUAAAAAGCAUUUGAGGCAAAGAGCCACACUAGUAGCAGAAAACAUCCAAACGUCUGCGUCUAUAAAUAGGCCAAUUUCUCAACUCGCACACACAUUCAGAACACCCUCCAGAGACGUCUGUCUGACUCGCCAGCCUCACUGCAGCUGCCUCCACGAUCUGUAUUUUCUCACCAUGUAUCGCUAGCCGCCACAUUACCGUAGCUAUGGGCUGUUAUUCAGCAGGCAAAGAUAAGGGCUGCAACCCCCCAAAAAAUGAAUGUCGAUUUUUUUUUUUACUAUAUUUACUAUGAAUGUAACUUUUAAAAUUGACAGAAAACAUAAUUUAUCAUCUAUAUUCAAAAACAUGGCCUCGGCCGUGCUCAUGUGUGUAUUUCUGCUAGCUUCUUGUGCCGUUUGUGAACCACAACGCAAAAAAGAAGCAAAGCAGUACUUAAAGAAAUGUUGUCAAAUGCUGAAAUGUGUGAAAAGAGCAAAUGAGACAGAUCACGUCUAUGCAAACCACAGUUAUUAUGUGACUGUCCUCAAACAGUGUGGGCUUUGUCUCUCUUUCUAAUUCAUGUAAAGACACACACACACAGAGUGUCCCGAUGCAUCAGGACACUCCCGGCAGAGGGGUAACCACAAACAAUCUCUCCUGUUUGAUCUUCAUCAGGGAACAUGAAACACACAAAAGCCAGCAGCUGCUUCGCCCGGCGCACAGAUAGAAACCUCCGGCUGCAGGCUCUCUAGACUAAUUGCUGUGAUCCUAUGAUAACCAUGAGAGACCACAGUGCUGUUUCAUCCAACAAAAAGCAUCUGACGUCGACUUUCAUUCAACCGUCUGUUCCAGACCACAGCUGUCACACCGGGCAAUCGCAGCAAGUGGCGCAUCUGUUGCUCGCAGCAAAAUUGUAUCUGGGAAAAAAAGAAAAUGAACUCCCGAAAGUAUGUUGCCAAAUGGGGAUUUUGAUAUUAGGACCUCUGCAUGUCUAUAAAAUGAGUAAAUCUGUUUGUAUCAUGCCUUUUUGUUUCAGGGUGAUUAAUGCUGGUAAGAGUGCACUGAACGAGGACCAAGCCUGCUGCGAGGUGGUCGUAGCGAGACGGAGGCCGAUGAGCUACUGCCCUCCCUCCACGCCCAGCAAGACCCCCACGGCCAAGAGACGCAACUCCCUGCCCAACGGAGAGGGCAAGCUGGGAGAGGACAGUGAAGGACUGGUGUUCCACUACUGGGCCUUGUUCGACGGCCACGCCGGCUCAGGCGCGGCAGUCGUCGCCUCCCGCCUGCUGCAGCACCACAUCGCCUGCCAGCUCCAGGCCGUCAUCGAGAUCCUACGCAACCUGGCCUCCUUCCCCCCGACCGUCCUGGGCGAGGAGCCCGACAGCAACCCUUACCUCCAGGGGAACACCCCGGGCCCUCACCGGGCCCUGACCCGGGCCACCUCCCUGCGCGGGGCCGCAGGUGCGCCGAGUUCCCCGUGCAACACCCCGCCUCCGCCUCGCUUCUUUACAGAGAAGAAGAUCCAGCAUGAGAGUCUGGUGGUAGGAGCCAUAGAGAACGCCUUUAAAGAGAUGGAUGCCCAGAUUGAGAGGGAGAAGCAAGUCCACAACAUCACAGGAGGAUGUACGGCUCUCACGGUGGUUUACCUGCUUGGAAAACUCUACAUCGGGAAUGCAGGCGACAGCAGGGCUAUCAUUAUUAGAAACAACGAGAUCAUCCCCGUGUCGAAAGAGUUCACGCCAGAAUCAGAACGACAGCGACUCCAGUUCCUGGGUUUCAUGCAGCCUCACCUGUUAGGAAAUGAGUUCACACACCUGGAAUUUCCCCGGAGAGUUCAGAGGAAGGAGGUGGGCAAGAGGAUGCUCUACAGAGAUUUCACCAUGAACGGAUGGGCGUACAAGACCAUUGGGGAUGAAGAUCUCAAGUUUCCACUAAUAUAUGGGGAAGGGAAAAAGGCACGAGUGUUGGCCACCAUCGGUGUGACCCGUGGGCUUGGUGACCAUGACCUCAAAGUUCAUGACUCCAACAUCUACAUCAAACCGUUCCUUUCCUGUUGCCCUGAGGUGAAGGUAUACGACCUGAUUCAGCACGAGCACGGGGCUGAUGAUGUUCUGGUGAUGGGAACCGACGGCCUCUGGGACGUCCUCUCCAACCAGGAAGUAGCCGAAGCCGUCACCACAUUCCUGGCCAACUGUGACCCCGAUGACCUACACAGGUAUACCAUGGCAGCACAAGACCUGGUGAUGCGAGCGCGUGGCGUGCUGAGAGACCGAGGCUGGAGGAUCACCAACGAGCGUCUGGGCUCCGGAGACGACAUCUCUGCCUUCAUCAUACCGCUGAUGUACGGCAACCCUCAGCCCUGAGGAGCCCCGACAGACAGGCUGCGGUUCAACGGCUUCUGAAAACCAACAUGAUCGAUGUGAACUGAGAAUCCCCCCCGUUCGGUUUCCUCGGUGCCGUUUGCACUUUUCCUUCCUUAGACUAAGGAUAUCCUAAUGUUUGGAUGUUUAGAUUUGUCGGUGUUUCAUAUCUCUAUCGGAGUUCAGAAUUGGUCAGCCACCUAAUCUGGCUGCUCUGGGGACCACUACAGUGAGCUCUGCUUUGUUAGUCUAUUUUUUUAAAGUGAGAAAAACAUGGUCAUUUUGAUUUGAUUUUUUUUUGUCACGAAUCAAAACUGUCAAGAAAAAAUGCGACCGGCCCUGAACUUCUGCAGAGAUGUGAAAGCUGCAAUAGAUGAAUGUUCUUCCAAAACGAAUCAAGGACCUCUUUCCUUUCUGUCCUUCUUACUUCUCUUGCAGUGCUUUACAUGUCCCCUCUUCUUACCACUCUUUCAGUCCUCCCCUUGUCUCCCAUACUGUACAGUCAACUUGUUUAUAAAAAGCAAACCUCCUUCGUCUUCUUGAGACCUUGGACCGGGCUGACGAGGUCAGCUGCGUUUUCUGUUUUGCCACAGUGUGGCUUCGAAGGGACACACUCGCUGAAGAACUGCUUCCACAUUUUCUUUAUAGAUCACAGACUGAUUGCAGCGAUGAGAUUUUGGCUCGACCUAAUCCGAGCAUAAAUCUUUUGUGGCUUUCAGUUGGUGUGAGCCCAGGAAGCCUGAAAUCUUUUGUCACGUGGAAAGUCAGGGGUUGGGGUCGGAGGGUGAACAUCAUGUUUUUUAAGAAUGCGGACGGAGAAAAGAAGAGAGACGAGGACCUGAAGUUGACCACCUCACAGUAGCAAGGCAAAUCAGAGUGGGAGCUCUGUAUGAAUGUGAUAUAUAUCAGAUGAAAGUGUCAUUUGAAAAUUGGCAUCAUUUAAACAUCUGCACGGAAAAAGAUGUUCACUAGUACAAGUCAUUUAAUCUGAUAUGGAGUCUGAAAAUGAAUCUGUUGGUCUUCAGUGACUUUUAGUUGCAGCUAGUUGGUGAACAGCAGUCAUGGUUAUGGUGUUUUAACUUGGCUGGAUGUUAUUAUUUUUGUUAAAAAGUUAGUUCAUGAAACAUGUAUGUUUCAGCAUUUAGGGAAAACCACUUGCUUCUGUGCUGAGAGUGAGAUGAGAAGCUUGAUACCGCUUGUAUAUCGUUAGCUUAUCUUAGCUAAAGACUGGAAGCAGGGGGAGCUAACUUACCUCUGUACAAAGGUAGAAAACAUCCUCUAAAACCUCAAAAUGAACACAUUGCACCACAUAUUUUGUAUGAAUUCAACAAAGGACGUAUUACAUGUUUGCUUGUGAUCUUCACAGGUGCUGGUAGGCGCCGUUAGAUGGAGCCAGGCUAGCUGUUUCCCCGCUACUUCCUGUCUAGCUAAGCUAACUGUCUCCUGGUUACAGCUUCGUAUUUAAUGUACAGAUGUGAGAGUGGUAUCAAUUUUUCUCAUCUAACGAAUAAGCUUUCCCGAAAAUGUCAACCGUAAACCCUUUUAGUAAAUAUUGUGUUAUUACUUUAGUUUUUCCAAAAAGCGACACCCUCACAACACUAAACAUUAGAUGAGACGACUUGUACAUCGAGAUGCUCGCACUUUAGACCGACCCACAUCAUUAACCAAGCAGCCAUUACAUGUGAAAUGAUGAAGGGGGCAAAUAUUCCCUGCAGCAGGGGAGGAUUUAAUUAAAUUCAUAAUUGUUUUAAAAAAAAAAAAAAAAACGAUCACAAAAUACAAUCAAAGUCAAUCUGAACAAAAGUUUGACGGAGAAAGAAACUGAAACUUUUCGUUUCCUUUAACAUGUUUUGCAUGUUUCAUGCGCUUUACAUGCUCGAUACACAGCCCAUCUGUCUUCAGAGGGACAGGUUUGGCAGUAACGGUGUAUUGAGUCUGGAUGUUGUGAUUUUUGUCAGUGCAUGCAGUGACAUGUUAGGCCUGGGAAUACGAGCGACGGUGCAAUGGUUUACACUGCUGUUUGUUUUUAUAUGGACUGAAUUUGUAUUUCUGUAAUGUAUCAAAGCGUUAGUGAUGAUGUCAUUUGUUUGUAGACGUGCAUAUAGACCAUGCUUAUGAUUCUAAGGUUGUUCCUUAAGAGUUAUUAGCAUCCCAGACAUUUAGCAUAAGAGCUAAGGGUAUGAUUCGUAUUGAGAGACGGGAAUGAAAUGAAACAAACAUGCCAGACACAGAACUUAAUUUUUUUAUUUUUCACUUUUUUAAUCAUGUUGGCUGGACUUAAAGAAGAAAAGCGACCAAGAAGAGUUCCGCUUGUCUGAAAAAAGGGUCUUAACCUCAGACACGUAUGUGUAUUUUUUUCCUUCCCUAAUCUGCGUUUAUACCGGCUACACUGCUCAGCCAGCCACACUGGGCUGAGACGCAGUGCAGGAAGUCUGGUGUGGAAGGAGAAACUGCACACUUCAGGAUCAGUAAAUACAAGUCAUCAUUUUUGAAAAGUUUGAUUCCAGUCUGAGAAAAAAAUACCAGCAUUAAAUUAAAAACUUCUGAAAAGGCA